AUGGAGGAUUUAAAGGUCGAUGGCACGGCACCAUCUGCCGCAGAGAAGAAGCAGAAGCCACAGAAGCAGGACAAGGAGCGUAAAGACCAAAAGAAAGCAAGCAAGCCACAGCAAAUGCCUGCGAAGAAGAAGACGGACGGCCCAGAGCUGAUAGGCAUCACGGAGCCCAAGACGGGUGAUCUGUCGGAAUGGUACCAGCAGGUCAUCCUCAAGGGUGACAUGCUCGAGUUCACCGACAUCCCCGGCUGCUACAUCUACCAGCCUGCGUCAUAUCGGAUAUGGGAGUUCAUCCAGGACUUCUUCAACGAGCGCAUUCGCAAGAUGGGUGUGAAGAACUGCUACUUCCCCCUCUUCAUUUCCGAAGCGAACCUGCAGCGUGAGAAGGACCACAUCGAAGGCUUUGCGGCUGAGGUUGCGUGGGUGACGGAAGGAGGCAAGUCGAAGUUGGAGAAGCGGUUGGCUGUGCGCCCAACGUCGGAGACGGCCAUGUACAGCUUCUACAGCAAGAAGAUUCGAUCACACAGAGACUUGCCGCUCAAGAUGAACCAGUGGAAUAACGUCGUGCGUUGGGAGUUCAAGCAUGCGGUUCCAUUCUUGCGAUCAAGAGAGUUCCUCUGGCAGGAAGGUCACACCGCUCAUCUGACAGAGGAGGAGGCUGGAAAGGAGGUCAUGGAGAUCCUCGAUCACUACGCCUCUAUCUACGAAGACUUGCUCGCUGUUCCAGUGGUCAAGGGCCAAAAGACGAAGAACGAGCAGUUCCCAGGCGCAUACUACACAAAGACAAUCGAAGGCUUCAUCCCAGCGGUAGGGCGAGGCAUUCAAGCAGCGACAUCCCAUUGUCUCGGCCAGCACUUCGCCAAGAUGUUCGACAUCACUAUCGAAGACCCCAAGCAAGAAGUCAAGGAAGGCGAGAAGCGCAACAAGAUCCACGUCUGGCAAAACAGCUGGGGUUUCACCACUCGCUCCAUCGGCGUUAUGGUCCUCAUCCACGGCGACGACAAAGGUCUCGUCAUCCCACCCCGCGUUGCCGAUGUCCAAGUCGUCAUCGUCCCCGUCGGCGUCACCGCAAAGACAAGCCCAGAAGCCAGGGAGAAACUCUACAACGAGAUCGAAGGCCUCCGCACCGUUCUCGAAGACGCAAGCGUCCGUGUCGAGACCGACAUGCGCGAAGGCUACUCCCCAGGCUACAAAUUCAACGACUGGGAGCUGAAGGGUGUGCCGCUCCGUCUCGAAUUCGGUCCUAAGGACUCUGAAAAGGGCGUCGUGACCACCUCCCGCCGCGACCGAGACGGCAAAGACACCAUCCCUAUCCCAGACGUCGCAAAGAAGGUCCCCGAACUACUCGAAACGAUCCAAAAGGACAUGCUCACGAAAGCAUCCGACGAGUACGCCGCGCACCGCAAGAUCGUCCGCCAAUGGAGCGACUUCGUCCCCACGCUCAACGACAAGAACGUCAUCCUCGUCCCGCACUGUCUCGGUGGACCCUGCGAGGACGAAAUCAAGGACGAUUCGAAGGGCAACGUCGAAGGCCAGGAAGUCGAUGCCCGAGCCCCAUCGAUGGGUGCCAAGUCGCUGUGCAUCCCUCACGAUCAGCCAGAGCCAAUUGCGGAGGGUACCAAGUGUAUCAAUCCCAAGUGCGGCCAGGCGGCGGAGAAGUGGGUGAUGUUUGGACGUAGUUACUAA